UUUUGUUUCGUUCAGUGUUAAAGUUAUUAAUGCGCAUGCGUUAUUCCAACCAAUCAUUUUGCUACAAAUCUGCGCACGCAACUGAACAAUUCGCGGCCAUUGCACGAGUCUCCUGCAAAAAUCUACACCUUGGUUUAUUAUCCAUACAAUGCAAUACAAUAAGGAACAAAAUUAAGAAGAUUGCUAAUGUUGGGAAGAAUGCCGAAGAAGCCAACUGAAGCGUGGAAUGAAGAAGACUUGCUAAAAGAAACAAUACAUGAUGAUUUUGAUGAUGAGAUAGAUGAGAAUGCAUUGCUAGGAGACAGUGACAAUGAAUCUGAGGUCAGACCAAGCAGAAACAAAUUCCAAGGAGAGAGGUUUGAAAGAAGUUUUGAAGAAGAAGAUGUGAUAGACCUUGGGGAAGAAGGUUGUGAAGGGGACUUUGAUGAGCAGGACUAUGGAACAGAGGAGCCUGAAGGUGGCAACCAGCAGCACCAAAGUGAGUCACAUGUUGAGAGAGGAGGAGAGACAUACACAGUCAUUGAUGAGAUAGACACAGAGGAGAAUAUUGAAGAUGAACAGAAUGGAAAUGAUUCUAAUAUUGACACAUCACAGACCAACACCUCUCAAGCAGACAACAGCCAGGCAGAUACAACUGUUGAGGAUGAAGAACACCAAUACUUUAAGGAUGCUGACUCUGAUAGUGGGAGCGAUGACGAGGAUGACAAUGCUGGGUCACGUAAUAGAGACCGGUUCAAAACUGAACGUCAUGAUGUUGUCACUACUAAGGCAACAACUGAUCGUAGUAUCCCUGACUCCCUGGACUACAAGAGUAUAGUGAGUAAAGAAGAGCAGGAACGUGUAGAAAAAUAUGAACAUGACUCUAAGAAUAAACGGAAUAGGCGAGGUAGAGGACGUGGAUUUGGAGGCUCUAGGGGAGGAGGGCAUGGCCCGAAUCAACGGUUCCCAAUCCCUAGAGGUGGUCAGCACCAGGGCACAUUUGGGGGGCAAUGGAGGGGGGCACGACCUCCACUGUAUCCGCAGCAGCAGCAGCAUCAUCAACAACAACAACAACAACAACAACACCGUCAUCAGCAUCAACAGCUUCAGCAACAACAACACAUGCAGAGACCACAGAUGCAAAUGAACCAG